AGUCCUCCAUACAUGAUCCUCUGCCAUGUAGGCAUGGAAACACCCCUUUGUUUCUUUCUUUCUCUGUUUCCCACAAACAGAUUCUAACUAAAAGGCGGACCUCUCUUUCCCCCAUGUACAUAUAUCAUCCAUCUAUCAUGAAACAGCAUUACUUACAUUCUGCUGAUAGAAGCUCUUUGUUGCAUCUACAGCUCUCCAUGUCUCACUCUUUCUGAGAAAAUGACAGGAAGUGUAAUAGGAAGUUACAGUUCUUUUUUUUUUUGUACAUGCGUCUCGUUGCGCUGUCGCCUGCCUCUGCCUGAGAAUUGUGAGUAAUAUUAAAAGGAAGCAGAUACCACGAGCCACAAGUCAUGCCUGAGAAGGAGUGUACUGUGUGACCUUAUGGUGCAACCAUGACAAGAGUGGCGCUGACUAAACUCCUCAUCCUCGUGAUCCUCGCCUUCAUCAUCUGCCUCCCGGAAUUCUUCCCAUUGUACACAGUAUCAAAAGUGAACUUCCUGUGCCUGCCCUACCGACCCUGUGGGCGAGGGAUUCGGCAGCGGAAGGGGGCAAAUGGGAAGAGUGGUGACGCUGAAAUUGGAAGAAGGGAUUUGUGUGACCCUCCGCGUACUCCAGGAAGCAACAAGUGGGAGCAGGACUGCACACGGGAGAAUCAAAGCAACGUCACAGAUCCUGAGUCGCACUCCGGGGGGGCCGGGCAAGACCCAGAAGAGAACUGGUUCAUGUGUGUAGCAGAUAUGGACAUGGCGGAAUUACAGAGAAACAUGUCUUCUUCAGCUCUGAAAACACAUCUCGAGGUGUCGGUGGAGCUUCAACUUAGUGAUGCAGAGACCCUGAAUCUCACCUUGUACAGCGGCAGCAAUCACAGCUCCUUACACUUCCACCCACCUGGGGAGGAGGAAGAGGAGGAGGAGGAGGAAGAGGAUGGGGGUGACGAUGAAGGGCAGAGGAGGGCGUUUUACUGUUGUCUUCCUGUCCCGCUCGCCGCAGAGUCGGCCAAUCCAAGGCACUGUCUCCUUUGGCUGGCCAAUCGAACGGUUUGGAGUGCAACCGCGCAGGAGAAGCUGCCAUGGAAACGCUCCCAGCAAGAUGAGUGGCGCUGUGUGUUGAGGGCGCUCUGGCUGGCUCUGCUGUGUGUGGUGAUGCUGACUGCCGUCACUACUGUGCUCGGACUCAUCUACUGGAAGAGACGCUCGUGCAAAAACCCUGACGUGCUCCCCCUUGGUUACGCUGUCGCUGGCCAGCAGUUGAACGAUGGUGAGAAGCACACAGAGAUCAUCAUUCCCAAAGGGACGACCUUUCACUCUCAUGGACCCCGACCUCGGCCAGGACUGUCCCCCAUUCAAGAAGUGGACACUCAAGAUGACAUAGAAACUGUGCUGGAUGGAAACGUUGACCACUGCUAUACAGCAAAUCUGCAUCAUCGCAUCCAUCCCUCCACCUCCUCCCUCACAGAGGAGCAGACCUGCUGACAGAGGAGCACACAAAUGGACCUAAAAGUGCACUGGCUAAAAAUAGAAACGGACUGCUUCAAUUACCAGCCAUCAUGGCUGGUAUCUGCCCCCUCCCUCUGGAACUCUCUCCCCAAACUCAUCCGAGACUGCACUGAUCUUUCCUCAUUCAAAUCGCAAAUCAAAACCCACCUGUUCAGAA